GUCCACUGCCCUUCUUUCCUCAGUGGAAGCUGAAACAUUAUGAUGUAAUUGUAGGUGUUUUGUCAGCUCGACACAAUCAUGAACUGCGCAGCGUUAUAAGGAACACUUGGUUCAAGCACCUGAAACAACAUCCUGCACUGAGCCAACGUGUCCUUGUGAAGUUUAUAAUAGGUGCGCAUGGUUGUGCUGUGCCAGUGGAGGACAGAGAAGACCCCUACUCCUGCAAACUUCUGAACAUCAGUAACCCAGUUUUGAAUCAGGAAAUCGAAGCAUUCGGUCUCCCUGAAGACGUACCUUCUGCGCUGUCCGAGGACAGAAUUGUCAGUGUGAACUUUCGUGUGCUUUACCCCAUUGUCAUUACCAGUCUCGGGGUAUUUUAUGAGGCUGAUGGAGUGGGAUUCCAGAGGAACAUCACUGUAAAACUGUACCAGGCAGAACAUGAGGAAGCUCUCUUCAGUGCUCGCUUUAGUCCCCCGAGCUGUGGAGUGCACGUGAACAGACUGUGGUACAAGCCAGUGGAGCAGUUCAUUUUGCCAGAGAGUUUUGAAGGUACCAUUGUGUGGGAAAGCCAGGAUCUUCAGGGCCUUGUUUCCAGAAACCUCCAUAAAGUGACAGUGAAUGAUGGAGGGGGUGUUCUCAGAAUCAUUACAGCAGGGGAAGGCUCGCUGCCACACGAACUCACAGAAGGGGUGGAGGGAAUUGCAGGUGGUUUUAUCUACACUAUUCAAGAAGGUGAUGCUCUUUUAAAAAGCCUCCAUACUCGCCCAGAAAGGUUUACAAGUCACAUAAAAAAUCUUGAAAAAGAAGAUGACCUGCUAAAGGAAGAAAGCAGUACCUAUGACGAUAUUGUUUUUGUAGAUGUGAUUGACACUUACAGAAAUGUCCCAGCUAAACUGCUGAAUUUCUACCGAUGGUAAGUUGAAAAGAAAGCGCUUUCUCUUAGGAAUGUUGCUGUUGUAGUGCAAGAUGAUCCAGAAUGUUACAUUAUAGAAUCA